AUGAUCAUCGACGGGGUCCUGCUGACCAAGGACGAAUUGCGAGUGGCCUGGAGGGAGGAGGUCGGCGUCCCGGCUGGGGCGUGGGGAGCGCUCGAGCCCAACGGGGUCAACGGAGGCGUGGAGGCGUGCGUGGAGGCGUGCGUGGAGGCGUGCGUGCUGUUCCUCGGAGGGACGACGCUGGUCGACACGGCUUGCGGGGAUUCCGCGCAUGCGAGGGGAUUCCUCUGCAAGAUGGAUUCAAUCGCUCCAGACUGUGGUUCACCGCCGGAACACCCAGAUGCCACAGUCAUUCCGACGGGGGUAGGAGGAGGCGGAUACUCCCUGGGAGCUACGGCGACCUAUCUCUGUCCCUGUGGCCUCUGGUGGAGCGGGACCGUCUCGAGCGUCCUCGAGUCCGAAUGCAAAGGAUCCCUGGGCUGGACCCUCCACAAGGACGACCUGCCGAAUAUGGCCUGCAUCCCAGCGCCGACGACAUCCCUGUGCCCGAAUCCCUUCACUGGCGGUGGAGUGGAGCCGAUGGGCGUGGACGCCUCCAACUCCCAAUGCGCCUACCCGAGCUCCGUCACUUCUCACACGAGCGCGUAUCCCGGGAUGGUACUUAGAUACCGAUGCUCUACUCCUGCGUUUCGGUUUCCCAACGGCGCGACGGAAGUUGAGAUCAUGUGCAGCAAUGGUGUAUGGACCCCACAAGUUAGCCUCACUUGUUCCGGUCAGUGUGCCUACAUCUUCAUGGAUCUUCCCUUAUUUCAAUAA